AUGGACCUAAUCGCGCAUCCUAGAUCCCGUUUAGCAACUAGUGAGCCGAGCGCUCAACAGAUUUAUCCAAGCGCCGCGAGCAACGCCCAAGCGGGGAGAGCUCCGGGCCUCCGUCACUUCGCGGGGAACGGGCGAAAAGGGGAGGCCAGCUUAGGCCGGUCGAUAGCGACGGUGUGGGGGGAGGUCCACUUUAUUCGAUCCUGCCCGGGGGCGGGAGCUCAUUGCUCGCGUCCGGAGAGCGCAUGCGCGUCCUAUGACCCAGUUGCAGGCGACCGAAGCUACCAGACGGCGCCCCCGAUACUACGAGAGAGGUUUGUGUGGUGCAUGCACUGCUACGAUCCCAUGAAGAGAAGACACAAGAAUCCCCAGACUCGUGACGACAUCGCGUCGCCUCCAACACUCAUUAAUGAUUUCUGGAUGCGUCGCAAUAUCUUCUAUUCAAGAUUU